AUGGCGGUCUCCCAGAGGACGCUGAACUGGCUGUAUUCCGUCCUACGCAAGGAUCACUACGACCCCAAGCAGACAUACCAAGAUCCCAACCGUGCAUAUCACGACGUCGCCAAUGCGCUCGCUCAGUACCCCUCGCUCGCCCCUCGGACCGAUGUAUACACCUUUGAGAAUGGCUUCUCGGCCUUGCUCCUGCACCUUGUGGGCACGUUGCCUGUGACUUUCCGUGGCACGACAUACCGAUUUCCUAUCGCGUUAUGGAUCCCAAACACUUAUCCUCGCGAGCCUCCUAUAGUCUAUGUGACGCCAACCCAGGACAUGGCAGUUCGGGUUGGACAGCAUGUCACGCUUGAGGGGCGCGUGUAUCAUCACUACCUGGCACGCUGGGCUGAGGCAUGGGAUAGAGCAACUAUUUCCGACCUCCUAAUGAUUCUUCGAGAAGUCUUUGCGAAGGAACCACCCGUUCGAAAUCGACAGCAGAUGCUCCCUCACCCACAGACCCAACAGACGCAGACCCCGCCCCCGUUACCUCCUCUACCACCGGGAAUGGGGCCUUCGUCAACGCCUCAAGCGCAACCGCCUUCUACAGCUCCGAUGACUCAAACUCCUCCGCAGCUGCCACCCAAGCCGGGAGCAGCCACAGUGCCUCAGCAACUGCCAGCACAGACAGCGGAGCGAUAUCAGUCCCCCCCACCACUGCCCCCGCUUCCCCCGAAGGACUACAACCCCAGUCGAACCAGCUCAUUAAGUCAUGCUUCUAUGACCAGCCCGAGUGGUCUCGUACCUCAUCAAUUCGCUGCUUCGCCGCAUCCAGUUCCACAGAACAUGCCACCUACGGCAUCGCAAAGUCAAGCACCCCAUGGCAGGAAUAGUAAUGGGUUAGCUGGGCCUUUUGCUGGGCCUCAGCAGACAUCUUUCGCUCGUCAGCCCGGGCCACCUGUUCCUUAUAUAUCUGCACAGCAACCACCUCACUUUUCACAAGUACCACCAUCACAUUACGCAGGAUACCCACCUCGGUCUCAGCAGUCACCGGGGCCUCCAUACCCUACAGAUUCGCCACAUCCCUCGAGCUUCCAGCGGCCACCUCCUGCAGCGUCAGCACCCAAGGAAAUGCCAGACCUUCUCACAUCGCCAUUUGAGGUUGAGUUGCCAUCAUUCGCGCCCACGAGGCCUGCGCCACCGAUUCCACCGAAUCCAGAGAAGGAUGCGUUACUACAUGCGCUAUCUCAAACUUUGGCGGAGACCUUGCAAGCUCAAGCAACACAAUCCGACACUGCAUCGCAAUCGCUUGUCUCUCAAUCGCGAUCGUUGCAGGCCACAAUGGCCACACUUCAGGGAGAGCUCACUGCACUCAAUUCCCUCCACGCAACGCUCCAAUCCAACACUGCUGUCUUGCAGCAGUCGAUACAGCGUGCAGAUGCCACCAUCGCGGAUGCUCAAGCUCGUUCGGCUUCUGUCUCAUCCUCUGCAGCAUCAACCUCUGCGUCUGCUGGGUCCUCAGACCCUCCGUCGGGUCUACCUCCCAUUGACGAGGUCCUGGUCGCGCCUACCGUAGUAGGAAAGCAGUUAUAUGAUUUGGUUGCGGAGGAGCAAGGUCUCCAGCAUGCGCUGUACGCUUUACAAACAGCGCUUGCCCGUGGUGUGAUUGGGGUUGAUUCGUGGUCCCGACAUACGCGUGGUCUCGCGCGUGAGGCUUUCCUUAAACGUGCAUUGAUUCGCAAGAUCGGGCGUGGGAUGGGCUUGGAGGAAAAUGAGGCGUGA